AUGGUUUCACCUGUUCUAAAAUUAAAAAAUAUUACACACUUAUACAUUGUAUUCUUGCAGAACACAUUGGAAGAUGUCGAAGGCGUCAGUGGUGACCUAAUAUCAGUUUUGAAUAGAGAAAAAAUUUCCGACAGCCGACACAGUGACCAACUCAGAGAAUUUUACAAGAAGCUAAUAGAAACAGACGCACAAAUAAAAAAGCUUAAAGAUUCCAUGUUCCACAACUACCAGCAUAAUUAUGAUCGAUUCAGACGAUCAGUAACAGGCAAGCAUUCAAAACUACACGAAAGAAGUAGAUCAAGAAAGAAGAAAAACGCAAGCAGUCCAGCAGACGGUGUUUUUGUGAAAGAAGAAAAGUUUGUUAUCAAAUAUGGACCUAUCAGGCGGAAUUAUCCGAAAUGCGAUCCACACGACGAGAAACAGCAUGAAGCGAAGCUUAAUCAUCCGUUUUAUAAAAUCAGUCAACGAUUUGAUGAAAUGCUAAAUAAGGUUGAUAAUAAUAUUAAACAUGAUAUGACGACGGAAAAUGAACCGAAAAAUGAUGUUACUGAAGUGAGAGGUGCUCGUGUAUAUGACACGUAUUCAAAAGAUAUGAGUUUCAAAGCGCGUAAACUACUUCAAGUGGUGGAAGAAGAAGAUUUAGGUUACGAAGACAUGAAGGAAGUGCUGUCUGAUGAUAAACAUGAUGAUGAUAUCGAUCAACAAUUGGAAAGACUGAAACGUGAUGAGUCACACAACUUACCAAACGUAUAUAAUCUAAAUUGGAAAGGACCAAUGCUGUACCCAGAUGAAAUCAACGCAAUGAUAAGAGAUGCUGCACUUCACAACUUACAAAUACCAGCAAGUAAAAGUAAUGAUAAAGAGUAUAAUAGUAAAAGAGAAAGAGAACUAUCAGAUCGGGAGUAUGUACAAGAUUAUAUUGAUAGUAAAUUUGAUAAACUGGUUGGUCUGGCUCAAGCGUAUAGCGAUUAUGGUGUGUUGGAUGCUAAAGAGAAGAACACUGAAAAACCUUUUCUUGAUCACCGUUUUAUAAAAAAAUACGGACGUAGUAAAAAAGGUUUCACCUCACCAUCCGAAGGAUUAAGAAUCGAGUACCGCCCUGGUCCUGCCAACGACAACAGUUUUAAGAAAAUUCUAGAAAAACACGUAAAAAUCGUAAAACCAUUGGUACCAGUUAAACCACCAAAAAUAUGCAACGCUAGAAUGAACAUACAUUUCUUCACUGAUAAUAAUAAAGAUAUCAAACUUAAACCAGACAGCACAGUACAAGCGAUCGAAAUUAAUCCAAAUGCUGAUGAUAAAAAGAAAUUUGAAAAAGAUAAUCCUUUUAAAUUCAAAUCUAGAAAUCUGCAGUCUAUAGACAUGAGUACAGAUAAUGUAUCUUUAGAUAACACAGAGGCUGUAGAAAUAAAACCAAAGGUAACAGAAGAUAAGAAAGAAAAAGAAAAUCUUUUAGAAACUACAACAUUGCAGUCCAUGGAUACGAAGAAUGAAGAGAAAACGUCACUAGGUUUGGGAGAGUUUAUGAGCUUAUUGGCGGAUUGGUUUUUCAAAAUGGCCGACGCUUCAAGAUCUGAACCAGUUAAUAAAAGUGAAGUUUUGUUACCAACUUACGACAAUGAUAUGGUAGACAAUAUUGGACAUAGAUCAAGAAUGCUUCUGCAAGCAAAUGUAUCUGAUGAAAAUAUCACAACGUCUGCAGCUAUUGUUAACACCACUCUUAAUACAACGACAAUAAUGCCAAAUACAACUAAAGCUAUUGUAAAACGAAGUGCAGAUUUCAUUUUCUGGAACGACAUUUAUGAUGAAGAUGAAUAUGGAGCUAAAAUGGAUUACUUUGAUGUUACUAAUAAAGAUAAGGGUGUUCUCAUAAAAUCAAAGAACUGGUUACAAGACAAAGUUAAAGUUGCAGCUGAUAAGAUUAAGUAUGAUUUAGAGAAGACCGUGAAUUCUAUUACAAAAGUUCCAAAAUUGCCUAACAGACAUGAUAAACCAAGAAAUAGGCCAACCCGAAACACUGAAACUAAUAACGAAGACUUCGAUGUAUCCAAGAGUUUUGCUAAAUUAAAUGCCAAUUUAAAGCACGUCUGCAGAGAGGCGGUGAACGCAGUUAGGAGUACGCGGAAAGUUGAAGCGCGCGAAGAUGAUACCCAAGCCACGGGUCUAAUGCAACGAUUAAUCCAGCUUAUGGGUGACCUGGUGGAUAUUCAAGUGCAGCAGAGGACUUGUUCUAAGCUACCAGCAGAUCUAAGGGACUUUUUGGAGUGGCUGGUGGUACCAGACGAGCAGCCCUCAGUCGAUAACCUGGCUGUAUCUGGUUUUAAUAAUUUGUUGUCUGAUGGGAGAUAUGAGAAAUCUCCAGAGGCCUACGACCUGCCUCUGACGGAGGACACACACCAAGAGGAUAGAACGGAAUGCUUGGGCACGAUCCGCGCUGUUCAAGACCUGAUACAGCAGUACGAUGGGAUGUCUGAUGAUGAUAAGAGCAAAAUGGCGGGCGUCAAGGAGUAUUUGGAAAACCAGUUACAAUAUUUAAAUAGAAAAUUGGAUAAAAUAAAUGAAUAUGAAGCCAUAAACUACAGAAAGAGGGAGACAAGAAACAAGAGAAAUAUACACAGAAGGAGACGAUUUUUCAACAAAUACCUAAAUUUUGAGAGAAAACAUACAAAAACUACAAUUCAUACUAAAAUGACGAAAGCUAAACAUGCUAGCGAAAUUAAUGAUAAAAAUGUUGCUAAUGAUAAUGUUAAUGAUAGUGUAAAAGGUAGUUUAAUUAAUAAUAAAAAUACGAGGAAUUUAAAAGAUGUUUACUUCAAGGCCCUCGAUGAGGCCAAGAAGACGACGCUGAAGAAAAUUUAA